AUGUCUCUGUUUAGAAGCUUGGAAAGGCCGGCAAGCGCCCAGUAUAUCAUUAACGUGGGCCACAGUUGCUUGCGAACUGAUACUUUGAGAUCUUCGCGAGCAAAUCACUCAGAUAUCAUGCGGCGGCCUCUGUCGACGCUGCCUGCGUGCACCAACAGCAUUCUUGUCAUGGACAAUUUCAUAAGUUGCCUAGUUGCAGCAGGAUUCUGCAAAAAGCAUGCACCGUACAGGAGUACAUCGUCAACGCGAGUGCCUCGACAGUUUCUCCCUACCGCAGCCAAAAGAUUACAGAGCACUCUGAACAACGCCUUACGGACAGAAUCAAACGAGCAUACGGCCGUACACCAUGACGCGCGGAGUUCAGAAACAGAUGAACAACGAAAUAACAAACGGAAACGGCCAAAAAUUGUACGAGUAGAUGACAAUAGCUCGGGCAGAAGGAGUCCUGCGGUGGUAGUUAAAGGGCCUAAGCAUGGCCUACCGUCAAAGGGUUCUCUCCCACAGGAGUUUAACGUGGACAAUUUAACCUACCACCGAGCAAAACACGCCAAUACCGAGGAGUCGAAGUUGCUUUUUGGGCUAUACCUUGGUGUGCUUGGGAAUGUUGAAGGAACUACGAGUCUGAAGGUUGUGUUGUCAAACCCGCACAGAGAGGUGUUGGUGUCAUCUCGGCCAUGCAAACAAGCUGGAAAUGAUGAUUUAGAUGCCAACGGAGUUUCUCACCUUAUCUCUCUUCUCGAUCAAGAAAACUGCAGCGACCAGGAGCUGUUUGCAGCCUACAGACGGAUCCCUUCACCAGGAGUAUCAUAUCUCAGUUCAAAGACAAGGGGCAAACUAUUACAUCGAUUUGCGAAACCCGAACGUAAGGGCCGAACUGGAGUUUUCUACUACCUCACUUUGGUUGAUGAUAUGUGUGACGCCUCCCUUGAAAUGUCACCAUCUCUUUGGACUGCAGCAAUCCAUCUUGCAGGAAAAUCCGCCUCUACCGUGAAACGAGAGGACUUAGACGCCGCCAUUGGCGUAUGGCGGAGAAUGGAACACGAAGGCAACAUUUCUAGCUCUAGUGUCGCUUUCAACAUUCUCUUUGAUCUAGCUAUAAAGUCAGGGCAGUUUCGAGUAGCUGAACGGAUAAUCGCUGACAUGAAGAAGCGGAAAGCCAAAUUUUCCCGAUUUGGUAGGGUUGCGCAAAUAUUUUUCAAUGGUUUAAAGGGGAGUGCCCGGGGAGUUCGCCGAGCAUACGAUGAUUUCAUCAAAGCGGGUGAAGUUGUGGACACUGUGGUUUUAAACUGCGUUAUUGCGUCUCUCAUACGCUCUGGGGAGGCUAAGCUUGCAGAAAUCAUGUACGAAAGGAUGAAGGAAGCCCAUGAAAGACUUAAAAAUAAUGCCAGUGAGAAAGCUGUCAUGUAUCCGUUGCCCUCCCAAGACUACUCUGCAUAUCGUAAAGCAAGCAAACAGCUUGGGAGGGUUCUUGGAAUGACAUCCUAUCUGCAUGACAAGCUUCCGGACCAUCAUCGGGCUCUUCAAGCUGCUAUGCCUUUGACGCCAGAUGCAAAGACAUUUCACAUACUUCUUUCCUACCACGCACAUGUUACGGGUGACCUGGGCCGCUUUCUAUCUCUUCUAAGUGAGAUGGAAGGAACUCUGUCAAUUCCCUCCCACGGUAUGGUGUAUAUCCUUUUAUUCCAAGGAUUUGCGAUUCACGGGUCGAAGAAGAACACCCGAUGGACAUAUCCUCGCCUACAGCGUGCCUGGCUUUCCUUUCUCCGUGCAGUUCGUGAUUAUGAUACAUCUAUUCAGACAAAACCACGCACUCUGAACAGAAAAGCGAAACUCACUUGGUUCACCGAAACGUCCUUUGUUGAAGGCAAGGAACUAGAGACUCAAACUACGGUGGAGGAAAUGGAGAAAGCCGAGGAGGAAUUUAAGGAAGAGGCAACAAAGAUAUUCCAUGGCACGUUUUAUGACGCACGCGAAGAACUCGAGGAUGACUGGAAAUACGAAAAUAGCGUCUACCUCGGCCGAACAGUCAUUAUUGCAUGUCUUCGUGCCUUCUUUAUCUGUGGUGGAAGAUCGGCUGUUCUUGGAGUAUGGGAACAGAUCGACCAAAUGUGGCAAGGGAAUUUGAAGCAGCGAGAUAUUGAUGCAGUGCGGGCAGUUCUUCGAGAACUUGUACCGCCCAGGCAUCAUUGA